AUGACCCCGAGCGACGAUAUACGAUAUACCAGUGGCGACCAGCCCAACCCCCGUGGCGAGGCAACUAUUAUCCUUGUUCGCGACCCUAAUGCGAUGAAAGGAGAUUAUAAGAAGUCCAAUGCGACGGCGACGAGCAUUGAUGGCAAUGGCUGGAUCCGUACGGGCGAGUGGGACAGUCUCAAUCCCAAAGGUACAUUCGAGUUGUUGGGCAAGGUCAAGUCAUAA